AGGAGAGGACCUAAACUUUUUGUGUUGAAUAGCUCCCAUGCAUGAUGCAUAUAUCAUAGAUCGACGUCGUGUCUUUUUUUUAUGGUAUACCUGCUUUGGCUUUACUUUUCUUUACUUUGCUUUUCCUCAGCUGGGAUUAGAUUGGGAUAUAAAUUCGCGGGCUUUCGUUGGUACCUACCCUCCACCGACGUUGUUUCGAUUCAAGUGUUUUUUUUUCUUCCUUUUUUUUAUCAUCAUCAUCAUCAUCAUCAUCAUCGUUAGGUAUCAUUAUUAUUCCAACUACGAACUCUAUCUAGAUACGACUUUAUGGCCGAGGCGGCGGAUACGAAUGCGGAUGCGGAUGCGGAUGCGGAUGCGGAUACGGAUGUUGUUGUAGUGUGGUGUGGUGUGGAAUGCGCAUGAGGGUUUUCGUCGUCGUCGUUGUUAUUUGUUAUUUGUUAUUGUUAUCGUAAUAUAACGGAGCAUGAGGAGAGCAGAACAGCAGAGCAUAUCGCAUCAGAUCAUCGCAUACGCAUAUAUACAGAGGAGGUACCUACCUAGGUAUACAUAGAUACAAAUGCACAAUUACUUGAACAUUGUCUUGUUGA